AUGCAGCGACCAUCUUUAACAGCUGACUAAUCAUUGGACAUUAACUCACUUCCCCUUUCUAGGCUUAGUUCAAUCAGAGAGUUUCCUAACUACUAGCCAGAUGAUUGCUUAGACUUUCUAAAUAGCUCGGAGAUAUGCAAUCUAAGAGUGUCUUACGACGAGGAGAAAAACUUGAAAGAGCAAGCUUAAAUUAAAAGAUAAUCAAAUUAACUCUAGUCAGUUGAUAAUCGACGAAUUGUUUCACAUCAAAAGUCUAAGUCAAAUACUCCAAGCAUGUAUCAGAGCUUGUUUAAAGCCAAUACGUCAAAGAGAGUUCUAGGAGAGAGAUCAACUAAUCAAUAGCUAACGUCUUAAUCAACUAAUUAUUCCUUCAACAAUGUUAACAACUCCAAAUCAUUUAACUAAAUGUCAUAAUUUCAGAAGAAUUCCACCAAUCAAAGCCAAAGUACUAUGAGACUUGAGACUAGAGAAAACACUCCAAGCAGGCCUUUAUCUAAGAGUCCUACUAAAGCAGAGACAAGAUACUAGAAUUAACCCUCACCUAGCUUUGCAUCUUCAAGUAACAGUGGUCAGAACAAUCAAGAUUAAAAACUCUUCAGCUACAGGUCCUCAAGCAAUAAUGCUCUUAAGGAAAACAAAAAUAGUGUAUUUUCUUGCACUCUAAGUUCUUCCACUUUAAGAUAAACCUCCAAGUUUCAGACUAACUCUAAUGCAAGCAAUUCAAAUAAUGCUGGCCAAAUUUUCUAGAAGAUUGAGUCCUCAACUCAGAAAGUUACCAAUGAAAUCAAUGAAAAUCAGAGGAAGCACAAAGAGGCUUUGAAGGACAAGAAAGACUUGAUGAAAAAAGUAGAGAACUUGAAAGCUGAGCUUUAGAAAAUUCGAAAGGAAAAGUAAAAGGUAGACAAUGACAUUCCAAGGUACAAUAACCAAUGCGACUAGCUUAAUUAAAAAAUCUCACACAAACGUAGCAAGUCUAGUGAAAGCAUCCGUGAAAUUAACGUUCUAAGGCAGUAGGUCAGAUAAAUAGAGGAAGAUCAAGACUAGAUGGAAAUUAAGAAAGCCCAGAUCUGUUAAAACAUUAAGUUUGAAAACAUAAGAAUUUCUAAUAUAAGCAAGAACGUGACUGAUUUAAGGAAUGCUAUAGUGCUUAUUCAAAAGGAAAAAGAGAGACUUGCAGUUGAGAUAUGCAAAUAAAAGAAAACUAUAGCCAACUAUGAACAUAAAAAGAGUUCAAUUAAUAACAACAAUCAUAAAAUGUUCGACGAUUUCGAGGCUACUACUUCAAAGAUUCUUAGUGAUGAUUAACCUUGGAAAUCAAUGGAUUAAAAAAAUUCGGAAAGCGCCAAUAGUCUGCAUCAGCGCAGAUUUUUCCAUCGUCGAUUGCAGUCAAUCUAGAAUGGGAACCCUCUAGAAAUCGAGACAAACGACAAAAGUCGAGAAUUUUCAUCACUGAAUAGCGCGAGCAACCAUAACAUCUAGGGACUGUCAAGUGAAAAGGCUGUGGGUUUGCAGUUCAGGUUCAGUGAAAUGAACACCAACAACACAAAUCAAGAUUCUCAGAAGUUCAAAGAUUUCACCCCUAUUUCACCUCCAGUGAGGUCAUCUCAGUUUGUUAGAAAUCAGAAAUUCAUAAGUCUAAGAAGGGAAACUUCUGCUGGCAAGUCUGAGAAUGAGCAAUUUACAUCUAUGAUUAAUGCUUCAUCAGUUAAUUUACACGGGUUAAAUGGAGCUGGCUUGGGCAAUCAAACUAACAGACAUUUGAGAUCUGCUGAUAAAAAUCCAUUCUACUAAAGCUUCAACGGCUCACCAAAGAAUAAACCUUAUCUCAACAGACGUGACGGGACCAUAUAACAGCAACAAUUAAGCGGCAGUCUUAGUGCCCGUGCCUCUUUAAAUAAUAAUUACUCAAUCACUAAGUUAAGAAAUCUCAAUUUUUUCACUGCAAUGCAAAGUGAUUAUCUUUAAAGGAAAAGCAAAACAAAUCUUUUAAAAUUCACUAGACUUUAUGACAUUGAAAGAUUUGAAGUACUUAAAAAAGAAAGACAACUGAAAAGCCUAUAAAAAGAAUUAGAAUAGAUAAAGUUGCAAAAUGAUAAGACUUUACCUGCAAUAAAUGAUAAUGGGCUGUGUCAAUAGCAAACUUAAUCUGCUUAUACAAAUUUGCAAAAUUCUCCAAACCAAAAUAGUGCAAGAUUGUUGUAGGAAUCCAUAAGUGCAUCAAAAUCUUAAUUUAACUCUCCAAAGAAGUAAACUAGCGCCUCUCUACUUGAUUUAUCUCUCAUUAAUUCUGGAUAAUCUAUACAAUCCAAAAUAGCUUCUAGCCAUAACAGCUCACUCGUUCUUUACUCUUCUCAUAUUGACUUAGAGAUUUUAAUAGAGCGUAGGAAUAAGCUCAGAGAUAAAUUGGGGAAGUUACAGCAAUCAAUUGGGCUUGAAGGGUAAAUAAGUGAGUAGCUAGAGUCAAUGAAAGCAAAGGAAAGAGAUUAAAAAAUUGCAGAUGAUCUCAGAAUGAAUGAAAUGAUGCCUUAAUAUAAUAACUAUGAAAAGGCAGGGAAAAGUUUUAAAAGACUCAAGAUGCUUAAUAAUUCGAGAAGAAUCAUUUCAUUUAACUUGCUAGGCUAGAGAAAGAUAUAACUGGAAGAAAAGAGGCAUUUUUAUCUAGAUAUCCUAACAAGCAGAGUUAAUGCCUUGAAAUAUGAGGCCAAGAGCAUUGAAAAGAUUCAAAAUGCUAUUAAUAAGAGAUAAAAGAGAUUAUCUGAGAUUCAGGAGUACUUGAAUGACCUUAAAGACAGAAAUGAGGAUUUGGAGCUGUAAAAAAAUGAGUUUUUAGAAAAAAUCUAAAAUAAAAACAAUGAGUUUAAAAUAAUUUCAGGAGCAGAAGUUCUAUAGCUAUUAGAAGAGUCCCUUCUUUAAGUAGCUCUGAGUCAAGACUAAGAUUAAAUGCAGCAAAGCAUGAAAAAUCUAUAAAAAAUAAAAGAAAAAGCAAUAAGUGAUAGGCCUCCAGAGUUUAAAAGUCAAGAAAUAGCUGUAUCUUAAAAGAAAAUGAGCGUGUUUAAGGCAUAUGAAGACCAUUUUCAAAAAUUUUACUAGGAAAAUAUGGCACUACCAGACGAUGAAUUUCUAAGGAAUAGGUAUCAAGAUAUACAAAUGAAGAUAGAUUCGAACUGCAAAUCGUAUGAGGAUUUGGUAGAAAAUAUAGAGAGGAAAAGAGCUAUCAUAGAAUAGUACUAAGGUUUCAGAGAUGUGCUGGAAAGAGAUGCCAAAAUGCUUGAAGAUUAUGGAAUGAUACUAUUGGACUUUGACAAGAAAGAGACUUUGAAUGGGUUGAAAUUUCUAGCUGAAAAUCAAAAGAAAGGUCAGAGGAUUCCCAUGUCCCAAUAGUGUUCAUCAGUCAGAAUAGGUAUAUUGAUCCAUUUUUUUAAAAGAUUGUAAAUCGAUAUGCCUAAAAACAAAUUGAUCCUAAUGGAGCAUCUAGGAGGCAAAUUUAUUAAUGGAGGAUAAGGACAAGUAUCUCGGAAAGCAGCAGGUAUCAUGAGAAAAAGUGUGGAUUACAGUAUGAUCCUGAGUUAGCAAGUGUUGGAUUCCAAACCUUUUAAAAAAUAUGACGUAGAAACAUUAGUCUUGUUUUAGGACCUAGGGAUAUUUUUGCAGAAUAUUAUUCAGCUGAAUGACUAAUUGAGAAUGCCAGACUUCAAAUAUCAUGUUUCCUAUGAAGAGGCACUUUCAACUCUAAGAUAAGAUAAGAACCUAAGCUACAUCAGCAAGAGAUUUUCAAGGAAAUAUGUAAAGAAGCAGCUUCAAAUGCAAAAUACAUCUAGUUCAAAUUUUGGAUUCACUUUAGAUCAAGCUUCACUUUAGCUUUAAAUGGCCUCUAUCAAACAGCCAGAAGUUGAUUAUAUAGAUCAUUAAACGAGGGGUAUCAACACUAAACUACUAUUGCAUGAUAAAAUGCUCGAGGAUCGCAGAAAAGAAGCUAUUAAGAGAUAGCAUGAGUUAGAAUAGCAAUAGUUGCUCUUAAACAAAGAAGAUAAAAGAAGACUAGAAAUGGUAAAAUUUUAGCAAUACAGCAGAGAAAUGAAGUAGUUCGAGAGAGAUGAGAACAUAUUCCAAAAGAAUUUCAAGAAAAAUGUCAGUAAGGUCUUUGAUAGCUUUAAUUAAAUGAACAACAAUUUUGAGCAUCCAAAUGCUCCUAUAAAUCUAGAAGGACUCUAUUUGAUGCAGUAGAAUACACAUGAUAUUAUAAAGCAAGCUGAAAAAGAAAUACAAUCACAAGCCACAUAGAUUCAAAGCCCAUUAAAUCAUGAAUAAGAUCAAUAGCAUAAUAACCUAAAUAAACAGCAUAUUAGCCCUUAGCCCCCCUCAAAAAUGCCUCCUAUCACUUUAAAUAAAGUCGGGCAUCAAUUGCAAAAUAAUCAAAACUAGAAAUAAGUUCAAUAGCAAUCUAAUCAAAAAUAAGGAUAAAAACAAAAAGAAAUCUUAGGUACCAAUGCCUCAUAAAAUAUAUCUUUAGUAUUGCAUAAUGUACAUGUGGUUUAACAAACAAACAACAAAAGAACUUCUAACCCGACAAGUGCAAGACAGUCACCUUAACCACAAAACAAUAAUACUAUUGAUAAAGAGUCAAGCAUGAAUAACAAUCCAAGCAAUUAAGGGGUAGUGGUAUCCUCAAAACCUAAUUAAGCAAGAUUGCUUAAAAGUAUCUAGAAGAGAAGAGAAAGUACUAAUGAAUUCUAGACUGUGCAAGUAGAAAGACCCAAGAAAAAAGAGCGUUCAAUAAUAAUAUAAAUGCUCUAAGAUAAGUUUCCUGACUUUAAAAAGCUCUCUUCUAAUCAAAGGGAUGCUCAACUGUUCAAUAAGACUAUGGAUUCUAAGAAAAAAAGCAUGAAUCUCACAGGCACGCUUUAAAAAGCAAAUAAUAACAAUAUUGUGAUGGAGGACUCAAGUAUAGACUACAUGGAUAACAAUGAUAAUGAGGACUAAGAUACACAUAGCCAUAAUAGCUUUAUUGCCAAUGAAAUCAGAAGGCAAAAAAGGACGAUGGUAAACCUAGAUGAUUUGCAACUCGAAGAUAUGGAAUUCAGCAACAAUUUUUUCAAAAUCAAAAAAGUCUACUCUAAACUCAAUUCUCCAAAAUUCAAUCAAUUCAUUUGA